CCGCCUGCAGCUGAGAGGAAGCCGGGGAGAGAAGUGUGUUGCUUCCCGGCGGAUGAUGCGCAGAGUCUGAGAAGAUUCCAUCUGAUUUCCCCUCAGCUCCACUUCCUGGUUCAGAUCAGCCACCUCUAAAUUGCCCGAGCACCCCCGUCUCAAAAAAAAAACCAAAUUCCACUGUAACCACGCCAACUCCAAAGCCGUCAAAAUGAUGCAGAUCACCAACGACUCCGCCAGCAACAAGAACUCCCUCAUCAACGUCAUGCACCGCUUCAUCGCGGCGGCCAACAACAUGGACGAGACCAUCAUGGUGCCCAGCCUGCUGCGGGACAUGCCGCUGGAGGAGCAGGCGGCCAGCGAGGUGGAGGCCAACAACAACGUGCCGCCGUGUCCCAACAAGCAGCGGGACAUGUACGAGCACUACCUGCUCCUCAAGUCCAUCAAGAACGACAUGGAGUGGGGCAUGCUGAAGCGGGAGAUGAGCAGCGGCGCCAGCUUCCUGGAGAUGGCGGUGAAGCAGGAGGAGCAGCAGCCGGUCACCGGGGGUCUGCAGACGGACGAGCACACGGACCUGGAGCAUCAGUUUCACUUCCACCUCCGGGGACUGUUCGGCGUUCUGUCCAAGCUCACGUUGCAGGCGGACAAUCUCACCAACAGAUACAAGAGGGAAAUCGGAGGAGGAAACUUCAUCAGAUAGAACUCCCCACUGUUUUCUUCUUCUGUCUGUUUUUACUCUCCCACCCACUUCAGCCGGACUGCUUGACU